UAUUUAUAUUUUUUCUUUCCUUUCUUUUCAGAGGAACGUUAAAUGGUCCGCAGCGAUGUCCAUCAUCUGCCAAACCUUCGUCCAAAACGCCUGGCGGAGUGACCUCUGCUCAAACUGCUUCAAAUCUUUUGCCGAUCACUCCGAAUCAGGAGGCAGGAAUGUGUGCGAAAGGUUGUCCACUCCCAGAUACGUACCUCAGGCUGCUACGCUCUAUCAGAGCCGGGGAAUCUCUUCGAGCUUGAAGUGGAGACUCAGCGACUCUUUGUACGGCGUGUCCUGUCGAGACUUUGGCUCUCAGACCACGACAAAGAUGAGCCAGCAAGCCAACGAACAGCAAAAUCGAGGAAUUCUCAUCAAGCAAAACUCCAGCGAGAAGAAAGCUCGAAGUCGUCCAAACGUCGAUUUCGCACCUGAAGAAGCGCUUGUUAUCGGUUACGGGGGGAAUGACUAUGACUCUGACCAGUCCUCCUGGGAGAUGGCUUCGGAUGACGGUUCCAUUGAUUUGGAUUUGUUGGAUGACACAGACGAAGACAGGAAGAUAACCAAACUUACAAAAAACAACACGGAAUUCAACUCAUCCAACAAGAAUCUUUUAUCCGUCGACGAUUCAGCGCAGCGGGUGAAAAGGGAAGAAGAGAAACUGAAUAGCAUCAACAACAGUCACAGCACACCGGCCAAGAUCACAGACAAGGCACUGAACAUAUUGUCUUGCGUUACUUACAAUGAUAUACAGUCCCAAAAGACAAAUAAGACACUGAAUCAGUUCUAUUUUUCAUCCACCACGGAGUGCAUUAAUUCCUACCUACAUGGCAGUAAUGUAAAUAAAUGUAUCAAUGAAAAUUCCUUACUCAAUAACAAGAAUCGGUCUCAAUCAUCGGACAACAUAAAAAUGGAGAAUUGUAAGAGAGAUGUAGCUAAAAGUGGACGAGAUAAUUGUAAGAAUUUACUUAUAAACGAUGAAUUCAGCCCGCUGAAUACAAGAACGUAUUCCUUUAUUUCCGAACUCAGCAAAAACAACAAUAACAUGAGCUUCGAACAGAGUUCCGAUUCUGAUUACUCCACUUACCGACACACUGCUGGGGAUUCGACGGAUUCUGAAUCCUUCCACGACACAGAAGAAUCCAGGAUUCUUCCUUGCCACUCUUUCCUGCACGAAGCGUUUCCAAGGAGUAUGUCCCAACCUCAGAUAUCUUGCCUGGAUAACGACAAAAAGUACGACGCCGGUUCUUCAACUUCUGGAGAUGUCUCCAACCUAUCUGAUGAUUCGGACACACAUGAGUGCAAAGACAGAGUAUAUAAAUCUCGAGGUGGUAGAACUUCAAAAAUCUCCCCAACAACUGAAAACAAACGCGUUGCCAAAGAAAGUUCUAGAAGUAGUUUGUAUCCAAGACGGGAUAGCGAAUCUCCAUCCACGGACAAUAAGAAAGAGACAAAACUACAGCCUUCUUCUAGACUUGAUGAUACUUCUUCUCAGGUAUCUAUGGGAACCAAUUCGGCAGUUAUUAAAAUAAAAGAAGCUCAUAAAAUUGAAGUUACCUCUUCUCCACCAGAUAUCAUCAAACAAACAUGUAAAAAGGGAGAAGCGUUAAGUAUCAAAGUUGACGCUCAGUCUAAUUAUAGAACCGAAAACUGUGAAAACUCUCCACCAUUUAAGAAGUUAGAUAUUCUUUCUCAUGAAAAUAACCACAGUGAGAUUGCUGUACCUAACGUAACCUCAUGCGAAGGCAGUAUCCAAUCAGAUAGUACAACUGCUAGUUCUGUAAACGCAUCUUCACCUUCCCUAAGCACAGUAAAAGUGGAUUUCAAUAAAGGUAGUUUGGAAGAUGUUACUAAUGCAAUUCUCACCAGCGAAGCGCAGAAUAAUGCUCCUGAAAGUUCUACAGAUCAUCCAGACACUAGUAAAAUGAACUGCAUAAAGGCUCACAAUCUUCAGUCUUUGGCAGGUAGUCAGAAAACCGAACCCUGUGACAAACCACAGGAAUUUUUCGACGAAAGUUCCGAUACAGAUAGAUCCCCCGAUGCCAUUAUCGAUCGUCAGUCCAAACUCGCGGCAUUAGCUCUUGAAUUAGAAAUGGCCCGAAGAGAUUCUGCAAAAAAUGCUGACUCAAAAAAUAAUAUAGCGUCUCCCUCAGCGCCUGAAAUUAAAACAAAAUGUAGCCAAUAUAGCCCCACAAUAGUUACUUCAAACAUCGAUGAAACUUUUUCCACGAUUAAGAAACCCAGUGCCAUAUCUUGUGCCUCCAGGCUCUCCAGUCUUCCAGAUGUUCUUCAAGAAACGCCUGCCAAACAUAAGAAGAGCAAAUUCUCCCUAAAAAAGCUCUUGAAGAGGAACAAAGAAAGUGGUACCUUUACGCCAGCUAACAAAGAAACUAAUCCAAAAGCUUGGAAGAAGCAAACCUUCGACCGGUCCAGACUUAGUUUGGAAAUAGUACAUCCAAUGGAUCUGCCGUGCGAUUCUCCUAACAGCACGGAUAGCACACCGACCGAAGAGCAUAGGCAACUUGUGUCCACCAACCCUGGUCGAGUUCUUUUCAGGGGUGUGUCUAAUCGCGCUCGCAGUCUCUCUGCAUUGCCACAACUUUCGAGUGAGUACCAGGACCAGGCUGCCUGCGCGUUAUUGGAAUGUCGAAAGAUGGACACUGUCCCCGUGAGGAAGGCCGGUACGGUUGUGGAAAGGAAAAAGAACAGACCAGCCCUAGUGAGGACACCUUCUUGUUCGGCACUGCCCAACCGACCGACGGUGUCCAAUGCAGCUCAAAGUCAAGAUCGUGUCCCCCCUCCCAAGCCACCACCUCCGCCCAAAUGCAAGACCAUGCAACCUCCACCGCCACCACCUCCUCAUCAACCGAGGUACACGAAGCCGCCACCGCAAUGUUCGCCUGCGAGACCACCACCACCUAAGAUUCCUGAUAUGAAGUUUAGUGGUCAAACCAGUGGUUAUUCGAAAGAAGAACAUCAGACGAAACUGGACAAAGACUACGCAAAUCUGGGCGAUAUUCGUUCGCUGCUAACCCCCAAAAAGCCCCAACGUCCAUCAGCCUUCUCUGUGAAUAGAGACAGCGAGAUGGAACAGAAGACUGAAGAAAUUUACGAAACCUUGCAAGUGGCGGAGGAAGAAGAUCACUACACAUACCUAGACGAAUCGGAGAUCAAGGCAAUCAAAAACGCCGAAGGAGUGGCGAGCAGACCAGAACCGAAGGCCAAGACAGGUAUUGUGGAUCUACAAAUCACCGACAGGCCUUGGCUUGACUUACAGACCAGCUACGCAGCCAUUGCAGCUAAUUACGAAUCUCUGGCUGAACUCAUAACCGCGUCAUUGAACGAGAGUGUUGAAUAUUUCCAAAAAGACGGAAAGUCUCUGAAGUGGAAAGACUUCAGCUUAGAGAGCGAGAAAUGUGUUCAGAUCACGCAAGACCGGUCGGUAUACAACGCAGUGUACAAGAACCAUGGCCCAGACAAAGUAACACUGAUGGUUGCUUCCAGAAAGCAGAUUUCUCCCCAGAAUUCACGGAACCAAACCCGUUAUCCAGUUUUUGCCAGUUUUUACGAUUAUGUGCCUAAAAACCGGAAUGCUGUGGACAGUUCAUCGCCUCACGAAUCGGAAAUGACGUCGAUUUACGUUCUGCACAGAUCUCGCAUCACGACCGUCAACCACUUCGUCGAAAGAACCUCACUUGACAAAGGAAACCAACACAUCCACCUGAGGAACUACUGCUUCGUGCUUCUGCAGCUCAUUCACACUCUGAAAAGUCUGCAAGCAGAAGGCAUCGAAGACAUCGAUCUUGACCUCAGUCGAUUAAUCCUGGUCGUGACCGAUGAGGAUAAGCCUCCCAUGCUGGUGCUCUUCCCGGAAGACAAAGUCUACCUCACCUCAUGCGAUUCCUUCCACAGUCGGAAAACUUUAUGCCAGGCCACCUUACACACAAUGCUCCAUUUUCUGCAUAUUCGCGACACAAAUGAUCUCGGUUUGUGUAAAGUAAAUGGCGAACAUUUAACUGAACCCGUGGCUCACACUUUUCGGGAAAUAGCUAAAGUUCUGAGCGAGGAAAAAGCUUCGUCACUCUCUCAAGCAAAAGGAUUCCUAGAGUACAUGCUUUGGGGUCCUGUAGAUGUUAAGACAUCGGACAGCACGACCGAAGAGGCCGUGGACUGUGUUCUACAGAGAUGGCUGGACUUGCAGAGGGCACAGAUGGUGAAAUCCACUAUUCAGUACUUACAACUUAAGAAAGACUGCAGAGCGGCACUUCAUGUUUACGAGGAAUACCAACUGGUUUUCCUUCUGCAAGCUUCGGUGAAAAGUCUCAAGAAUGUAAUAUCAAAAUUAUAAACAGGCUAUGGGGAGUUUCAACAUUUGCGAUAUUGUACAGUCAGAUGUAUUUUUUUCACCCAUAAUUAAAAUUUACUUAUUUUUACAA